AUGAAGACCAGGCCGGUAGUAAUUCGAGGUAUUGCUAUUUUCACUGUCGGAAUAAUAGCAUGGAUGGUUUAUGCACCUCUAAAAAUCGGACGCAACGACAUAGCAGUUGAUAAGCACGUUAAGGAGACAGGUCCUAUAAAAGGAGGGGAAAUGUUGAUUCGCAAGGACAAAGUAAAGAAAGCUGUGAAGCAAACCUUCCCCAACAUUAGUGAAACUAGUGAAGCUAAUCUACAAGCCAAAGCAUCUCUGGGAAAAGCCGAAGCUAAUAGAAGAAAAUCUGAAGCAACAUGGAAUGUCUCCAAAACAACCAGCUCACCAAAAACAACAGUAUUAGUGAAAGCAGAGACGCUGAAAAGUUCCUCCGCGAAUGAACGCUUCAACAGUUUAUACAUCAUGGGCAGAGGCAAUUAUAAAGCGGAAAGAAUUCAUACGCCGCAAAUGUGCGCUACACAAAAUCGAGCCAAUACCACUACCGGCAGGGCGAGCUUUACGUCAGUAUAUUGGGUGGAUGAUCACCACAAGUUCAUCUUCUGUGAAAUUCCCAAAGCUGGCUGUACAAACUGGAAAAGAAUCAUGCUUCUGAUGACGUGCAACUACAACAGGUCUUACAUAUGGUCCCUGAGUAAGACUGGAGUACACGAAGGAUUGUCCAACAAAGUGUUGAAAAGAUUAAAAUCAUUUAAGAGCAGAUCAGACAGUGACGCCAGACUGAAAAGCUACACUAAAGUUUUUCUCACGAGGCAUCCAUUCGAGAGAUUGGUCUCAUUUUUCAGAGAAAAACUUCAAAGAGCCAAAAAUGAUCAUUACGACCGAAAAAUUUCGAGCUACGUUUUACGUUCUAUCCACAAAAAACAGAACGUAACACAUAAAAUGGUGAUGGAGUACAAUGUAACAUUCCCAGAAUAUAUCCAGUAUGUGAUAGAUACCAAAAAGCAUCCUGAUAUUCAUUGGGGUAUUCAGCACUCCUUAUGCCAUCCCUGCAGCGUCGACUAUGACGUCAUAGGAAGAUACGAAACCAUUGUUGAGGAUUCCAACAAUCUUUUAAAAAUGCUGGGGAUUGACGAAAUCACCUAUCCGCAGUCAGACAAUGUUGACUUUGCAAAAUACAAAACCAAGGAUUUGGUCUCCAAACAUUUCAAGACUCUGAAACCUUGGAUGAUCAAAGAGCUACAGACUAUGUAUAAAACUGACGCAGAUAUAUUUGGUUAUGAUCUAGAUUUAAAGUAA